AUGCUUAGCUAUCAGACCAAAGGCGAUGCUGCAAGUGCCACCUUCAAUCAGUCUUUGAGCAAAUGUCGAUUUCCUCACUGGGGAAACAAAUUGACGGUCUGUGACAAGCAGUUCCCAGCACCUACCUCGUGGAUGAAUAGCACCGACUAUGGAGAUCUGCUCUACGCAAACUCUGAUCCGGGCUUGAAGCACAAGGUAUUCUAUUCGUUAUCGGAUAAGCUGGUGCUCCAAACCUUUGUGAUUUGGAACUCGGAAAAUAUCAAAGACCCGUCGCAGUAUAACACAGCCGCCCCGCAGAAUCUCUACAUUCACGUCGUUUUGGCAGAUAGACGCUUAAACAUAGACAAGGGCAUCCAUUGUGGUAUCCUCGCUCUGACCGAAGUACCUGCGCUAGGCUCCACCACACUGACGAUCGAAGCCGAAGGUAUUCUUGACGAACAUGGCAGGAUAGAAUGGGCAAAUGAAUCCUGCAAAGAUUUGGUCAAAUUUCAGCCGCCACUGCUUCGCUUUAGCUUUCAUAUUAGAUCUACAGGUACUUCGUAUGCUAAUGCCUGUGACAUGGGUCUCGGUCAUUCCGUACACCCUUGCAUCUCACAGAUUGUCAUUCGAUAUGAAUCUUUCCUUGAGAGCACAGUACGCAGCGUGCCUGGAAUCGAAAUCCUUGAUAUUCAGCUCAACGAAGGCGCUAUCGUUGGAGCAGUGCUCAUUAUUGGGUAUUUUGUUGGCAUUUUCAAUAGUUGA